UCGCAGGGAGGGAAGGAGGGAGGGAGGGAGCCGCCCCGCGAAGGGGCGUUGCUCUGCGGCGCUACUUGAUCGCUGCCGGCCGGCGAGCUUCGGAUAGAACCGGAUUGCAAGCGAAGUGAAGCGGAGCCGCGCCGCAUCGUGCCAGCCAGGCGACAACAUGAGCUCCCCUGGCGUGACUCCCGAGGUGGACAUGAAGGACGUGGAGCUGAACGAGGUGGAGACCGAGAAGCAGCCCAUGAACGCCUCCCCUUCCCCGCCGCUGGCUGGCUCCCCGGCCAGCCUGGGCGAGAAGAACGGGGUGGUGAAGGUGAAGGUGACGGAGGACGAGGAGGAGGAGCAGCAGCAGCAGCGGGGGGGCGAGCUGGGGGCCAAGUUCACGGGCCUCUCCAAGGAGGAGCUGCUGCAGGUGGCCGGCACCCCCGCCUGGGUGCGCACCCGCUGGGCCCUCCUCAUCCUCUUCUGGCUGGGCUGGCUGGGCAUGCUGGCCGGGGCCAUCGCCAUCAUCGUCCAGGCGCCCCGCUGCAAGGACCUCCCCAAGCAGGACUGGUGGCAGAAGGGGGGCAUCUACCGCAUCGAGGCCCUGGAGAAGUUCCAGGACUCCGACGGCGACGGCAGGGGCGACCUGGCAGGUUUGAAGCAGCGGAUGGAUUACCUGAGCUCUCUCAAGGUGAAAGGGGUGGUGAUCGGGCCCAUCCAUGUCAACAGCAAGGACAACCUGAACCUCACCAACCUCAAAGAGAUCGACUCCACGUUCGGCACGUUGGACCAGUUCCGGGAAGUCCUGCAGGCCGCGAAGAAAAAGAGCCUGAAAGUUGUCCUAGACCUGACCCCCAACUACCAGAGCGAAUCCCCCUGGUUCCAACCAGGCAGCCCCUCCCGGGAAGAUUUGCCGAUCAAAAUGAAGGAGGCGAUCGAGUUCUGGCUGAAGGAAGGCGUGUCCGGGAUCCAGAUCAGAAGUGUGGAGGACAUUGUCAAUCAAACCCAGCUCCUGGAUGAGUGGAAGAACCUGACCAGCGACUACAGCAGCGACGACCAUGCCAGGGUGCUGAUCACGGCCACGGGCCGACGGGACGUCCACAACAUCAUCUCCCUCCUCGACAAGUCCAGCGCUGACCUGCUGACCAGCCCGUAUCUGGAGCUGGCGCAAGGCGACGGAGGGAACGCCAGCGCCCGCACGGUCCGCGACAUGAUCCACCGCUACAUCCAAGCCUUUGGGGACAAGUGGCCCAGCUGGAGCGUGGGGAGGCCCGGGGCGGGGCAGACGGCCGCGGUGGGUGAGCACCUUCUCCGCCUGUACCACAUGCUGAUCUACACGCUGCUGGGGACCCCCUUCACCGACUACGGCGACGAGAUCGGGCUGUGGGACCUGCCAGCAAAGCCUGCAGACUCAACAGUCAUCCGCAUGCGUUGGGACGACACGGCGAACUUUGGGUUCUCGAAGGAAGCGCAGGACCUGGGCGAGAAGACGGACAGCAAUGUCACAGUCAAGUCGCAGACCGACGACAACGCUUCGGUGCUGAGGCUGUUUCAGCAGCUGAGCGAGCUCCGGGGGAAGGAGCGGGCCCUCCUGCACGGCGAGUUCCUGGAUGCCAACGCCACCUCGGCCCACGCCGUGGCCUACCUGCGGGUCUGGGACCAGAACAAGCGCUUCCUGGUGGUGCUCAACUUCGCCCCCAUGGACAGCCCCGUCUCCUUCGCGCCCUCCCCUCACCUGCCCCCUGAAGCCAUGCUGGAGCUCAGCACGGACCCCCAGCGGGAGAAGCAGCAGCAGCCGCUGAGCCUCCAAGGGCUGCAGCUGCGGCCCUGGGAAGGCUUGCUCCUCAGUUUCCCUUACGUGGCUUAGCUCGGCCUGGGCAGCGUCUUUCUGCUGCUGCUCCUCUUCGUGCCUUGGGAGGAGUGCAGCGCUGGGCCUCUUCGGAACAACAGCCUCCGGACUUCCCCCUCUCCGUCUCUCUCCUCUCUCCCUCCUUCUUUCGCUCUGUGCACAUUCCUUGAGCUGCCGCCCUUCUCUGGGGAAAGAAGCUCUCGCAAGUGCUCUUUCUCAAUAAAACAGUGCUUUUUAUUAUUAUUUUUAACUUUU